AUGGCGGCUUCUUCCUCGCCGGAUUCUUUCGACUAUAUCAUCGUCGGCGGAGGCACCGCAGGCCUCGUCCUCGCUUCCCGACUCACGGAAGACCCCAAAGUCCAGGUACUCGUCCUUGAGGCGGGUGAGGACCUUGGAGCCGACCCUCGAGUCAAUGUCCCUGCCAUGUGGGUGGAGCUAGCUGGCUCCUCCGCCGACUGGUGCUUCAAGACCACGCCCCAGCACGGGCUUGGCGGCCAUCAGAUGGGAAUUGCCCAGGGCCGCCUGUUGGGAGGCUCAAGUGCACUGAACAGCAUGAAUUUUGUCGUCAGUGCCAAAUCCAACAUCGGCCAGUGGGCGGAGCUUGGCAACACAGGUUGGGACUGGGCAACCCUCUCAGCGUCUCUCCAGAAAGUCUACACCCUUCACGGACAGAGCGGAACCUCAGUAGAUGAAAGUGCUAGUAGGUCGGUCCAAGUUCCAGUCCCAGAUGAGGACAGCAAGUGGCCGCAAGUCUGGCGAGAAACGAUCGCUGAACUUGGCUUCCCGGCGCACAAUCACCCAUUGUCAGGCACCAUAAGCGGUGCUACGCGAAGCUAUGCCUGCACCGCGUACCUCAAUCCUGCAACAUCGCGACCAAAUUUGACCGUGUGGACGUCGGUCCUGGUCGAGAAGAUCCUGUUCAACCCGAGCACUGAGGAUGGUGGUGAUCCUAUCGCUGCGGGUGUUCAGUACGCCCGGACCAAGGACGACGAAGUUGCUUCGGUUCAAAAAGUUGUUGGAGAUGCAGCCCGGCUUGAAUCAGUCUGUAUUCCCGUUGUCGUCGACAACCCGUUCGUUGGCGAAAACCUUCAGAAUCAUCCUGUUGUUCCCCUCUCGUUCGAGACUAUCACGGGUGAAGGCCUCCAGACUAUCGAUGGACUCAACCGCCAGGAUCCAGCCGCUCUCGGUGCCGCCAUGGAGGCAUACGGGCGACAGACUGGACUCCUUUCCAAGUCCAAUGGCAACGUCAUGGCGCACAUGCCCUUCCCAAAUAUCGCCACGGAAGCAGGCAAGCGUGAGCUGGAGAUGAUACUCAGCAGCGCUUUUCCGACAUCAGAUACAGGUGCCACCAAGACAGCUCCCACGUACGACGAGAAACUCAAGUCGUACGUUCGGUCUGUCCUCAAGUUUGCCGACGAGUCGUCCGCUUUCUACAUCACAGUUCCAGGCUGGGCAUCUUACACUCCUGACGGAAGCUGGGAGCCGAUCCCUCCUGGCAACGAGACCUACUUCUCCAUCCCCGUGCUGCUCGCUCACCCCUCUACCGACGACGACGACCAACCCUCUGACCUGGGGCUCGAAAUCAACCCGAAUUAUCUGGCUCAUCCACUCGACGUCGAGAUCCUGGCCCGACACGUGCAAUUUGUGGAGUCAGUAAUGGCAGCCACAGCCACGCCGCUGGCAAAGAGUCUCAACCAGUCCGAGGGCGCCAAGAGAUCUUCAGCCCUGCCGCCUGGUCCACGAGCAUUUGCUGGCGACGAAGGACUUGACCUCGCACGUAAAUAUGUCCGUGAGAGUGCCGUGGUGUACGGAUGUCGCAACCUGCGGGUGUGCGACGCCAGUGUGAUUCCGUUGGCUACACGCGCAAACACCAUGGCCACUGUAUAUGCCAUUGCCGAGAGAGCAGCCGAGAUCAUCAAGUCGGGCAUUUGA